CUGUUCCCGGUGUGAAAACCUUAUUGGGCCAAUUUGUGAACUGAUGCACCGUCAGUGGAUAAAUAUUGAAUGCUGGGAGAUGUUUUUCCGGAGGUGAGGAGAGGAUGAUGCUAUAAUCUAACCCCCUUCCUCCUCAUCCUUAGCACGUAGUCUGGUGGAUUUCACUUUUCAUUUCUCUCUCUCACACACACACACACACACCCGUCCUCCCUGACGCACCCUGACAUCCAGGAGACUCCAUCCAUCCCAGCGCACUGCACAGGAGCGAGGAUACAUCAGACCUUCAGCUUUCAUGUAAUUCAUAUUAUAUGAUCCAAUUUUAGAUUUUAAAAAGCGUACAAUUUAGGGGGGAGAAACGGGUUGUAGAAAUGUUUGCUUGCGCCUGAUUUGAAUUUUUCCACCGGAUAACCGUUUUCACGAUGCCAAAGCCAGGAACAAUCCGGCUGUGAUGAGAUAGACGCUUCAAUAAAAAGGUGUUACUACAGGCAGCACAAAACAGGACUGAAUCACAAACGGAGGUUUAAUUUUGCUGUCAGUAUGGCUGUAAACAUGAUGCCAGCCCCAACCAUUUGGCCAGGGGAAGAACAACCAUCCCUGCUGGAUCAGGAGGGCUCUCUGUCGGGCCAAGCGCCUGUCUCUGUGCCAUGCCCACCAGACACAGGUGAACAACUCCUCCACAGCAGCAGCAGCCCGACUGGCACGAGACCCCCCCGCAGCAAAUCCAGAGGAGAGCUAGUUAUAGUCAUCAACGAGAAACUGAAGAACAGUAACGGGAUCCAUUCGGCACCUACAGAGAGCACCUCUCCAGUCAUCUCCUCCCCUCCCAGAAGACAACACUCAAUCUCCUACCCUCACCACGGCAAGACCAGGAAGGGCAGCAGGGCGGGCUCUAUUGGAUACACCGCCUUCUCACCCAGACCAUCAAUCUCUCGUCAUUCCAGCAUUGCCACAAACCCACCCUUGGACCGGACCAAGGUCAAAGACUACCUCCUCCUAUCUGUACUGGCCUGCUUCUGUCCGGUCUGGCCCAUCAACAUUGUUGGAUUUGUCUACUCCAUCAUGUCCAAGAACAGUUUGGAGCAGGGGAACCUGGAUGGUGCUGUGCGUCUUGGACGUGUGGCAAAGAUGCUCUCCGUGGUGUCACUAGUAGGAGGGACGAUCAUUAUCAUCGCCUGCAUUGUCAACCUAGCCAUAAAUGUGAAAACCUGAGUUUCAUCCCAGGAUAAAACUGGAUAAGGCAACUCACCGUCUGGCCCCACACCUGCACCACCAUCUUUACCGCCUAGUCAUUACCUGGAUGUGUGACAAAUAUGCACCCAAUAUACAGUGCUUACUCAUAUUUCUGUGAUCUAUAUACAAUUCCUUUUUUGCUAAUGGAAGAAAAAAAAAACAUAUGCAAAUGCUGCUCCUCUUAGCCUGCGGUGGGGAGGGAGUUGUCUGUCUGAUGUUAAAUGGAAAAGAGAGUACACAGGCUAAUCGGUCCCUCCCUUUUCUGGCCAACACAUUCAAUUUCUAAGAAUGACGCAAGCCCUUUGAGAAUGCUAUCACUACCCACAAAAACUGCUGCACUAGAAAAUAGUGAGGACAGUGGAGGUGGUUACAGGCUCCCAGCAUCAGCUCCACAUGCAAGCCCCAUCAAAAUGUCUGCCAAGCCCACCCCUCACUGCACCAACAACAGGACGCAUCAGCCUGCCGUUAAAUCCCCUCAGACACUCACGGAGAGGCCGUGGGAUUUGCAUUGCUUUGGAAUCAAACAGCAGAAAUUCACCCAUUCCCCCUCACAGAGAAGAAACACUUUGAACCACACUAGGUCCUCUUGUUUCAGACUGUCCUUUGUGACUUUCACAACUCCACCGUGCCCUACAUCUUGUGUUUGAGAGAGAGAGUGUACGGGUGGCAAAAGAGGAUGAAAGAGAGGCUUACCAAGGACUAGCUAUGGGUGCUAAAAUGGAAGGGAUUACGGAAAGUCUCGCACAGAAGGCACAGUCAUCACUGCAAGGAAAAAUAUGUGCCAAAUAAAAAGAAUUUAGAGGGGAAGUUUCCUGCUUUGUUAAGACCCAACUCUGAUCCCAGAGGAACAUGAAAUGUGAUUAGACUUUCUUGCAACUUUACUGUGUAUCUGCUCUACACCACUGACCACUGUGAGCUGGGAAAAUAUUGAUUAAAAACAAAACAAAAAAACAGCCUACUGUAGCAGAAUGCAUUAAUUUUACAUUGAAGCCAGUUAAGCUGCAUCAUCUAUAUGUAACUUAACUUUUGAUAAUGUUUUUAAAAGAUCAUUUUGAAAGAAAUUGAUUUCCUAACAUGAUGCUCUUUAAGUGAUACACCUGACAGAUGAAGCUAGAGUUAUGAGUGUGUGUGGGCAUCACUAUUUGAUUAACAAAUUCAAUAGCUUGUUAUUGCCGCCAGAGAUGUGGCUAUAACCUCAGUUUUCCAUCCACAGGUGCUUUCAAACCAGACACAUUGUGGCGUUCCUGUCCCUUGAAAAGCUUUUAUGUAUACCCGUUUCCUUGUGUAAACAACAAAAUGACCUUUUGAUGGCUGAUUUAUAAAACACUGGUUCAGAAAUGACCCUGUGGGUGAGAAAUUUAGGUAGCACUAUGGUAGCAUUAGCGUGGAUAACUAGUUUUAAAUCCUCGUUUGUUAUGAUUGUUAUAUUCUCUCCUAUUUGUCUUUGAUUUACCUCUGAACUUUAUCUACCUGUGAUUCUCACUGUGAUCUGAAACGUCUGGGUUAUCAAGACCAGAUAAAAUGAUUUACUGUGUCCUGAAUUUUCAGUCAUGUACAAACAUGGCUCCAGAGUCUCACCAUGGGGUUUUCUGUAAUUAUUAAUAUGGUAUUCCUUUCUUUCUUAUAAUGUAAAUUCAAUUGUAAUCAACAAUUGUAUGUAUUCUGCAGAUAUAAAUAUCAAUAUUGUGAUAAUUCUCUAGUUAAUAUGAGUUAGUAUUAUGUAGUCACGAUCUAACGUAGACACAGGCACUGUCAGCUAGUUUUUUGACAGUCAUUGUAUUCUCAGCGGGCUUCUAUAAUCUAUGUGGUUAUUGGCAUGUUGUUGAUUUUUAUUCAUGUAUGAUUAUAGUAAAUUGCGAAGGUAAGCCGGGACUUGGAAUAUUAUACUUCUGCAGUACAUUCAUAAUAAAGACACAAUGCAUGUGA